AUGCCGACUCUCUUCUUCCUUUUUCUUCUUCUCUCCGCUAUUUUUGCUCAACAGGGCCAGUCCCUUGUAAAGCGAGGCUCUUUCUUGACACCAACCACCAACUCUUCUUGGCCAUCACCUUCCGGUCUAUACGCCUUUGGAUUCUACAAGCAAGGCAACGGUUUUGCUGUCGGCAUUUUUCUUGCUGGGCAUCCACAGAAGACGGUCGCCGUUUGGACAGCCGACCGAGACAAGCCUCCAGUUCCCGCUGAUUCUAAACUGAAUUUCACUAGUGAUGGAAAACUGGUUCUUCAAUCGGCACAAGGCGCAGAGACACCCCUCGCCAGUUUUCCGGAUGGUGCAACCUCAGUGUCGAUGCUUGACACGGGCAACUUUGUUCUCCUUGAUUCUGAUAAUCGGACGAAAUGGCAGAGUUUCGAUCAUCCGACGGACACCUUUUUGCCAACUCAGAAUCUUUCCCACGGGCAAGCGUUGUAUUCCAGUAUUUCAGACGCCAACAGGUCAACCGGCAAAUUUCAGGUGUUGAUGCAAGAAGAUGGAAGGCUGGCGAUGUACCCAGUUGGAACUCAAAACACGAUUGAAGAUGGUUAUUGGGGAGAAGGUAUAGAUGGGCAAAAGAGUGACGUGGUUCUGCAACUUGAAAACAAUGGUCAUCUCUAUUUGAUCAAUGGCGCGGGCGUUAUUAUAAGGAAUAUGACAGAUGGAUAUCCUACAAAAGAUGUUCUCUACCGAUUGACAAUUGACCCAGAUGGGAUCUUGCGUCUAUACUCCCACGAUAUGAAUCAAACUUUGACGACUGUCAAAUGGUUUGCUCCAAGUGAUGACAUCUGUAAGCCCAUGGGUCUAUGUGGGGAUAAUGGAUAUUGUGUUUUAAAUGGUCAACAAGUUGGUUGCGAAUGUCUUCCUCAAUUUGAACCGGUCAACAAGGAGGAUAGGAGUGCAGGCUGUCAAAGGAAUUCCACUGUGGAGAGUUGCAAAAGCAGCAAAGGGAAUUUCACCAUGGAACCAGUACUGCAUACCGUAUGGGAAAAUAAAAGUUAUUCUGUUCUCAAAUCGCCAUCCCAAGCCAAUUGCGGAGAAGCAUGUUCGCAGGACUGCGACUGUGAAGCUGCACUGUUCAAGGACGGGCUUUGCGCAAAACAUAUGCUUCCUUUGCGAUUUGUGAGAAAAAAUCAAACCGACUCAACCGUAGCCCUUAUCAAGGUAAAGGUUGGUACAUCUACACCCACUAUAAAUACAACUCUGCCGAAAGAACCCAAGAAAAAGCAUCGAUCGGAUCACAUCAUAAUUAUCAGUGUUUCAUUACUUGCUUUUGUAUUAGUUGUCUUGGCGAUUUCUGGAAUUGCAAUUUAUAGAUAUCGUGUCUCGGCAUAUAAAAAGCGCGCAUACACGAAGAUGAGAAAGGGACCGAUGGUUUCGAGGAAUGACGACUAA